GUUCAUGGUGACAAGGAUGUAUAAAGACUGUUAAUCACACACUUGGUCUCUGGACAUCUGGGACAAGAAGUCAUAUCGCUCACAUAGUUAGUUAGUAAUUCACAUACUGAGUAACCAGCAGAGUUAAUAUACAGUGUUAUUGAACGUACAGAACACGUAGAUACCAACGAGGACUUCGUCCAGCCAGGAAUCGUUUGGCUACAAGGAAUAAAGGUUGACGUCACUGUCUGUUUGGUGAAGUGUAGUGAGGUGUGUGUUCACGAUGUACUUUCUGAAACGUGGAUGGAUACUUCUCACUCUGACUGCUGUUUCCUAUGCCUUUGACGUGUGUACCGAGGUUGGGGAUUUUCAUACCAGGACACUGACGUGUGACGAUUUAUGUUGUGGGUCACUUUCUUCCAGAUAUUGUUGCUCAAAGAGACGUCUGUCAGCAAAGAGUAUUGGGGUCGUCGUGACUUGUGUUGUGUUCGGGAUCGCCUUAAUUAUCGGAGCACUCUACUGCUGUUGGUUAUAUCAAGGCCCCCGGGGUCGCGCCGUGACCACCAACCAACAACUAGCCGUCGUACAGACAGGUACAAACCCCACCGGUGCUGCAUAUAAUGCAGGAUACAUCUACCCAUCUCAGCUUGCUCCAGGUACGUACUGCCCCCAACCUGCAGGGACGGAACAACCCCCACCACUCUACUUCCACAGACCAGGGCCAGUCUAUGAUCCAACAACAGGAGAAGCAUUUUCUCCGUUUACACUCUCUGAAAACAACUCUGACACCAAAGCCUUGACAACCAGUGGGCAGGUUUAAGACAGCCUGCGGUGGUAGAGAAUCGCGUAGCUGAUAGACAAUAGAGUUUACUACAAUAUCUGUUGCAUGAAUAGGGGUAAGGAAGCCCGGAGGGCAAUCUUCUAUGCAUGAUCUACUUAUAAGCAGCAGAAUCCCUGCACCUGUUCACAGAAGAUUAAAACCAAAAUUUACAUACCUUUUUCAGUUUCAACAAAUUCAGUAAAUGCGAUAUCGUGUGACUUGAUUUCUGGUCUUUCGCUUGAUUGUCAUCUUCUGAGUUAAUUGUGUAUGUUACAUAGGACCAGUCGUUGUAUCAUACCUACGAAUGAUUCACACCACGUUUUACGUGAUGCGUCAAAACAACCGCACGUAAACAUAACGUACGUGUGUGCGUGCGUGCGUGCGUGUGUGAGAGAGAGAUAAGUACUUUCGUCGUGCGUCACUUCUUAUUGUAACGCAGUUGUGUAUCAUUAUUUCUUUUGUAUAAGUAUUUGAUGUUUUAA